AUUUCAUAAGAACAAACGAAAUAAGAGAACCAACAAAGCGACACGGAAAAAUGGCCUCGUUACGAUUUCUCUUCUCGUUUCCGCAGCCCGGUAACAAACCCAACGUUAGUUCCAAGGCCGCCACCACCUCCCGCUCCUUCUCUGCCGCCGCUGGCGUCGCUUGCUCCGUCGCAGCUGGUGCCGCCACAUUUGCUGCCACCUCCGCCUCGAAGAACUCAAGAGACGGUAAGCCCUCAUUGGUGGAAAAUGCACUCAAUUCACUCCUCUCAGGCCGCUCCUCGCUGCCGUGGGCCUCCCUCGCCCUUGCCAACGGCCCGGCUUCCGUCGUCGAAUCGAAGACCGGCGAAUCAUUCCCUUGCGUAAUUUCUGGCACCCGGAGGCUGUUAGGCAUUGGGUUGAGGAGAAAGAGCCUGCUGGGGUUGAAGAGCAUCGAUGUCUAUGCAUUUGGCGUGUAUGCUGAUAAAGAUGAAGUGCGGAAGUCUCUUGGUGACAAGUAUGGAAAACUUUCUGCCGCAGACCUCAAACAAGAACUACUAGAUGCGGAUGUAAGUUUGACCAUCAGACUUCAGAUAGUUUACGGUAAGCUAAGCAUUCGUUCUGUACGAAAUGCUUUCGAGGAUUCAGUUGGCAGCAGGCUGCAAAAGCUUGGUGGAACUGAUAACAAGGAGUUGCUUCAGAGGUUCACUUCCCAGUUCAAGGAUGAGUACAAAAUACCCCGGGGUUCUGUAAUCGAACUCUCAAGGGAACGAGGCCAUGUCCUGCGCACAACAAUUGAAGGGAAGGAUGUGGGGAGCAUCGAGAGCAAGGCACUGUGUCGGUCCAUCUUAGAUCUAUACAUUGGUGAAGAACCAUUUGACAAACAGGCGAAAGAAGAGAUUGAGACUAAUCUGGCAUCUCUCCUCCAAAAGUAGAAUGUUAUCCAGAGUGGACCGCUGCUGGAGCUUUCAAAAAUGAGGAGGUCAUGUUUCAGAGUUUUCGCGUUACAACUUUAUUGUUCCAGUUGGAGCACUGUAUGGCACUAUGGCUACAGCAGUGACUCCGUGCUAACCAAACUAUAAGUCGAGCGAAUGUUUUAAACUUUAGAGUAACUGCCAAAAGAUUAGAAAAACAGCACAUUACGGUAAGGUGAUGCAAGUGGGUUGGAUUACGCAUUGUUUGGUACUAUCGUCAUGAAUUGUGCUCUUUGUCAGCUCUAGGAUUUGAGCAGUGAACACCGCCUGUUACGAAGCUUCCUCUUCGUAGAUAAGGUUUAGGGCUGCAAACGAGUCGAGUCGAGUUUUUCUUAGUUUGAGCUCGGCUCGAACUCGAAUUUUGAUAAU